AAAAAUGUAACUCAACUUUCAAGCAGUUUUUCGUCUUUCUUUGAGAGUAUGUUUGUUGUACAUGUAGUAAUAUGGCGGCGAAUGAUGAUGAACCAAUGCAUUUAUAUGAAGUAUUUCAAAAUUGCUUCAAUAAGAUAGCAAAUAAACAACCAGAUAAGUCGCGGGACAUGACUUAUCCAAUGACAUAUCCAAAUGCAGGGGAAGAUGGUUUGACACAGGAGUGUUUAAAUACUUUUCCCCCAGUAGAACUACUUCCUGUUGGGGAUGCAUAUUUUCAGUAUUCAAACACAGUCCAACAAAGGUUGCUUCCUGCUGAGCCAGUCAGAGGUCCACCUGUCAAACGAAAAAGGGAUGGUUCUGAGAAUAAGGAAUUAGAUAGCCAUUGGAUUCCUCCUUUCAAUACUGAUGGUUUUGAUCAAGACUCUGGGAGAUUCAACUCUUCAAAGCCUGGACCUUAUUCUGAUGCAUUUUUCAUAGAUGGCCCUCAUGCAACGUCAGACCCCUGGUCUACGAGUUCAAGUUUACAAUCCUCCUCUUAUUCAUACGCGAAUUCUGUGAUUGGUAUACCUGCAUCACAUCCAACACCUACAUCUUCUGCCUUUUCCACGAUGCAUUUACCCCCAGAACCAAUGGUGUAUAAUUCAGUUUCCACAACCCACGAUCCAUCACUGAUGGCCAAUAGUCUUCCACCCAUGUCUAGUUUCAGGGACCCGUCCAGCCAUAGAGCUUCUAUGGCCCAUACAACAGCCUCUCCUCUUUAUGGUCAAACUACAAGUCCUCCAAGUCCUUUAGUCUCCACAGAUCCCCUUGGUAACCGGCAACAAACACAAACUGGUGACACAUUAGGAAAAGCUCUUGCAUCUAUAUAUUCUGAACCACCUGUUAAUAGUUUUACUUCUACCCCUACAACACCUGUUAGCUCGCCUUCACCUCUUUCAGGUGUAACCCCUUGGUCUCGCAAUAGUGUUCAUACUGCUCCUACAACAAAUUCAGGUUACUCCGAAGGGUCAUUAAUUCCAUUGCAAGGUAGACUUGAAGAUAGACUUGAUGAAGCUAUUCAUUUGCUCAGAGAUCAAGCAGAGCAGUCUCGAGGAGUAAUGGAAGAACGCCUAGAUGAUGCAAUUAAUAUAUUAAGAAACCAUGCAGAAGGACCAGGUAUGCAGCCAGUGCCUCCAAAUACUGCAUUGAAUGAUAUCUCACCUGUCACUGCUCAUUCUAACGGACUCAUCGCUGCACAAUCUUAUCCUGGGAUGGCAAUUAUUUCCUUGGAUCCCCAUGUGGCUGGACCCACAAAUCUUCCCGAAAAUGUACUAAGAAGUAGAAUAUCACAACCAAGUUCUUCUGGGCAAAUGCCAGGAUCCCAAUCAUUUGGAUUACCCCCAGACACUGUUCCAAGUUUAAAAGAUAAAGUAAAAGACGUUGAUAAAACAGACCUCAAUAGAGUGAAGUCUACUACACCUAAUGCUAAUUCCACCCCAACAAUUAGUACGCCAACUGGUAAUAGUGUUACUGGAACGCCUCCUGUUUCAUCUCCGACAUCAACAUCCUCAGCUAAUACAAAUCUUGGUCCUUCAUCUAAAGGAGUCAAGAGAUCUAGAAAUAGGUUUAGUUCAGGGGAUGAAGAUGAUGUACCUGAAAUGAAAGCUGAAAAAGACAAAGAAAGGCGGCAGGCUAAUAAUGCAAGAGAAAGAAUACGAGUACGGGAUAUAAAUGAAGCAUUUAAAGAGCUUGGCAGAAUGUGCAUGGUUCACCUAAAAGCUGACAAAGCUCAAACAAAGUUAAAUAUUUUACAUCAAGCUGUUGAUGUUAUCACUAACCUAGAGCAGCAAGUUAGAGAGCGAAAUUUAAAUCCAAAGGCAGCUUGUCUAAAAAGGAGAGAAGAAGAAAAAAAUGAAGAAGGUCCCAAAUUAGGAAUGCAUACUAUUCCACAUCCUCAAACUCUAGAUUCCUUGACACACCAGCGGUUGACUACUUCUUUGCCAGGAAUUCUUGCUCCUAUGACAUUAUCAAGUCAGUGUACAACAACAUUUGCUGACGGACAUGACAUUGACCCACCUCUUUUGCCUUAAAGACCUUCAACCUAUGGAGGAUAAGGAAACCUAAACAUAAGGAUCACUCUUCCUGGUCAGAUUUUUAUGUGAAACUAAGUCCAGCCAUUAUUUCCUCUUUUGAAGAUGCCAAUUUUCUCUUCCACAGGCCUCCUUUGUGUAUUCUCUGAGGAAGAUAAUCAUAUUAACUUUAUGAAAAUAAAAUGUUGCCCAUAUCUUUAAUAUAGAUGUCAUUUAUGUACAUGAAGAUGCCAUUGGUUUUUAUCAUUAGUUGUAAAUGCUCGUUAGUUUUUUUUAUUAGUUAUCAUCUUGUGUCUUUGGAAUUGUUAUAAGUAUUUACAGUGAAAUAUUUCACAACAUUUUGUGUUGUUGCAUCUAUGUUUAUCAUUAUUACAUUUAUGUUUUGUGAGCUUGCCCAUGUUAGAAAAAGUCGUAUAGAUAUAUAUGUAUGUAUGUGUGUAUACAUAUAUAUGUAUGUAUAUUUAUGUAGCAUCUAUACAUAUAUAUGUAUAUAUAUGUAUGUAAAUAUAUGUGUGUGUAUAUAUUUAUAUAAGAGUUGCCUAAAUAAAAUGACAUGUAUGAUAACAUCAGAAUUACUGAUUGCAUUGCCACUUUCAGAGUUCUAACUUAAAAUAAAAGUAGUGCCACAGGUUGCAGCCACUGAUUAACCAGUUUCAAUGAGACCAUAUACAGUGAGUGCAAAGUUAUGCUGAGAUAGAUGUACCCAGAAAGAACAGCGCAUAAUAUUAUCAUUUUUCGGGGCAAUAGGUCAGCAUUUUGCAUAAUAUGGAUAUUUAUUGUCAAAUAGUUAUUUAUGGCAAACAUCUAUGAACAACUGGUAUAAAAUCUUUUGUGAAUGGCAUACAAUGUCAGACCUGCCAAGACUCAACAAAGUAACACCAUGUUCUCCAAUGAUUUUAUUGUUGUUAGGAAGUCAUUAAAUGCUAAUCAAAAGAUUACAUUAGUGACACCUGUACAGCAUAUUCUUUUAGUAAAGAAUUAGUGCAAUCACCAUCUGUCAUUAAAAAUUGUACUCUUUUGCUUUGUUCUGGUUACAUCCCUCUUAGCAUGACUUUACCUUAUUUUAAAAGGCUCUAAUAUGAACUGAUUAAUCAGUUAUACACAGUGCAUUUCACUUACCAUCCUUUGAAUCAUGAAUCGUGCUUUAUUUCUGAGGCCAUCAGACUUGUCUUGUUUUUAUUUGGGCAACCUUUAUAUAUAGAUACAUAUUAUAUUGGUGAAAAAGUUUUUUUCUGGCAUCUUCCUUUAACUUACUACCAGGUUUAAAGUGAAAUUUUUCUGCUAUACCCUGAUCUACAGCCUAGAUUACUAGCCUGGAAGCACAUUCUAGUAUUAUCUAAAAUUAAUUAUAAAAUUCUGUCAUUUAUUUUGAAGGCUUGCUUGUUUAAUAACUUUCUUAAACAUUUUAUGUUACUUAAAAUAUUAAAAAAUUAUUUUGGCAUUAAAUUUAUUUAUAAUAAGGUGAUGCAACUAUGCACCAUUUUGUGUUUUGCUUCUUCACUAAAUUUAAUUUUAUUUUUGACAAUCUAUUCAAUAUGUUUUCAUUAGUGAGGUGCUCCAUGAAAUUUUUACAUAGAGACUGGGUUUUUAAUUUAAUAUAAUUUUCUGAAACUUUUCUAUUGCGUAUUUUCAUUCCAGAAAAAAAUUUUAUCGCCUACCUAAUAUGUAUAUGCAUAUCCAGUAAGUGGCCAAAAUACUUUUGUUAUGUUUUUGUGAAGAGACAAAUUCUUUCUGUUUCUGACUUAUUUAAAUUUAUGUGGUAGCUAUUUGCAUACUUUUAAGUAUUUUUAUUAUUGUGUAAGUGGGUUUAUUAUGCUGUGGGGGCAUGAAGUGGGAAAAUACAGAUCUUCAGCUUAGAUAGUACUUACUUGCCAAAGAAAAGAAUUAAAUUGCCUUUGAUAGCUUACUUAUUAACUAAAAUGCAGUAGCUAUUGGCUUCUUGCAGCUUUAGUUUGUUUUACUUACAUAGACAGUGAGAGAUUCCAUGUACAGUUGUUUUAUAUAAAUAUUGUGAUUUAACUUGCAGCUUUCCAGUUAUACACAAAUGUGUAAAUACUUCUGGAGAACUACUCAAACUGUCCAAUGAAAGACAUUUUAAUUAAUUCCUUUUAUUGAAAAAAAAAACCCGGAAUGAUUUUUAAAAAUAAGCAUUUAAAAUUAGUAUUUAUUUUUAUUUAUAUAUAUUUUUUUAGUAUAAAAAUUUAUUUACAUCUAUUCUUUAUUUGGUGAAGCAUGUUUAAUAUGAAAUAUCGCCUUGAGAAAUGAAUUUUAUCUUGAGAUUUCUAAUAAAUUAUUUUUAUUGAUUUUAAAAUUUAUCGUACAGAAAAUUAUAUUCAAUGGUUGACUUAACAAUCUGUAUUUGAUUGAAAUAAAUAAUGUAUAUAUUUAAUGUAUAGAUAAUUAAAUUAUGUAUUUAUCAGCAGAAAAUUGGCAACAUAUUUGUCAAUUUUCUAAGUUGCUUGUUUCCAAUUUGAAUAUGUUCUGUACUAUAAUGUUCGAGUCUUAUGCAUUUUUUUUUCUUUGUAAUAUGUUUGAUUGAUAUUGCCAUUUACUAUUUUUCAUACUUAUCAUACUAUUGUUUUGUAAAACUAUUUUAUUUAUUUGAUGAAAAAAAAUGAGUCUAUUUUUAUCUUUCAAAUACAUAUUUGUACAUUAGUACUCAUAAAAUACAAAUAUUUCGCAUUUUCUUAGGGUAUGGAAUAUUUUAAUUCCAUGAUUACAUUGAUGAAAGUUCCUUUGAGUACAAAAGCCAUUCAUAAAUAACUGCAUACUACUGGUGUUAAAAUUUAUUUAAUUUUAAAAAAUAUUGCUGACAUAAUGUAAAAAUAUCAGAUCUGAUGUACAAAUAGAUUUAAUAUGAAAGAAAGAGAAAUUCUGGCACUUUAUACAUACUGUUCAUCAUAUUUUUCUACGAUCAUCUUCAUCAUCAUUGUUAGAAGCUGUAUUGUUUCUGCUGGGCUUCUAUAUUGACUGUUGUAGUAAUGUUGACUACUCAAAGCAGCAGGGUGGUGGAACUUCUCAAAAUGUCGCACACUGUAUAAUUCCAAGUAGUGUGUCAACACUGCUUGCACUUAACUUCUCUUUAAGAGAAGUCUGGAUAUUAAAUGGUGCCAUCUUUCUUAAUAUUGUUUUUCAAUUCAUUAGUGUGUAUGAUGAAAUAAAAUUAGUUUUUUAUUC